GCUGUAUUGCAGUCGACGAGGACGAGGAAAAAAACCGUUAGAAAGUUUCUCGUACUUCUGCAGGGAAGACCUCGUCAAUGAGAGCUCAAGAAUCUAAGUAAAAAUUUCGUUAAGUUUUAACUUUUUCUACUUAAGAACUGUUUUCUUCUCAUGUCAACACGAAGAAUCAAGUUCCCCCCAUUUUGAAGACUGCUUCCAAUUUAUCUUCUACAUAGCUGGGAUUUGUUCCUACUGAAUGUUUGUUUCUUCUAACAUCAACAAGGAGUAUCAAGUACAUUUCCCACUGUAUUUGAAGACUGCUUCCAAUUGAUCUUCCAUCUAGCUGGCAUUUGUUUUAUUUUUACAUCAAAUUAGCAGAACAGUACUGACUACAGACCGUCUGACCAACCCAAAGCACGGUAGACCAUGGGUUCUAAAAGGAACAGAGGAACUGAGGAACAUAAUGCCUCUAAGAAGAUGAAGAUGGAUUUUCUUCAGGAAGAUGAAAGCCUUGUCCCUGUGAAGUUGAAUGAUUCAUGUGGACAUGAAGUACGAUUGAAAGCUACUGGCAACUUGUCUUCGUGUCAGCAGCACAGGUGUGCAGAAACUCAUUCGCCUAUUGAAGAUCGUUCAGCCGAGUCCGAUAUAAUUUUCCCACUGUACCAAAGUUUCCGGCUUAUGAAAACGAACGAGAAGACUAAGAAUUCGACUCCACCAAACGAAGACAUUGAUACAGAAGAGGCCAUUGAAGAACUUGAAUGGAAUGGUGCUGGUUUCGUUUUUUGUGGAAAUUUAGCCGCUCAAGAACACGGGUGGCGUUUCUGGAAAAAGGCCAUCAAGUUACGAGAAAGGAAUCACAUUCCAAAGGCCAUUCUGAUUCAAUCGGAAAGUGAAAAGAUGGCUUGUUCCAAUACUUCUGAAUUUCAAUCAAUGGAAGCACUCGAAAUGUUGUUUUGGCAGAGUCGAAGGCAUUGGUGUAUGCAAGCAUAUUUAAUCGCUCGGCGUAUUUCGAAGAAAUGUGACUGCUUUCCGAAUAGAUUUGUCGUCUACCAUUUGUUCAAAUCCGCUCUUCAACGAUGGGAAAAACGCAAGAUACCUCGUCACCGCGCUUUCACCACUUCCCUCCACCUGUUUGAGCUGUUUGGGGAAACAGAGUUUUUGGAUACUCUAGUCCGCAAUGAAACGAAGUCGGAAGAUGUGGUCCACUCAACGUUCACCGAAUUCUUCAACACCCUGAGGGACCCACAACGGAUUAAAACCGAACUGGCUACAGUAUUGACAUACGACAAUUUGAUGACUUGCCUGGUUUUUUCUUUCGUAUACCAGGUGAAAGUUCACGAUGGCGCUCCAAUUGAUCAAAUCAUUUUGAAUCCUAAUCUAGUGAUCAAGUCAAAAGCCGAAAAGCUAGAAGAAAUUUCCCAGUUGAUUCUUGUUAUUCUUAAACUGAUGGUGUCGAUGCCAGUAUCGGAAGCUGAAAGUGAAAGAUUGAAGAGUCAGCUAGAAAUGUACAUCAACAUCUUUGAACUUAAGCGGGCAAAUGUUAAACCAAACCUCUUGCUUAGAGUAUGCACGUCGCACCAAGGAACACCCAACGAGUUCAAGUUGAUCAAGCUGUUGCUGAAAGCAGGAGCGGAUCCCAACGCUCUAGAUAAUCAUCGCCGCUCUCCUCUACACAUUCUGACGAUGAAAGAACAAGCUUAUUCUCAUAUGUGGCGUUCAAAUUCCUAUUUAACUCGUGCUCAAGACUUCACUUCGGUGGUUGGAGCGUUUCUGGAUGGAACUUUCAAGGAUACUCAAGUCGAUGUGUAUGGAAAAACCGCUUUGGAAUAUAUUAACAUUCCCAUCACAAAAUACCCGAAUACGAAACUAUGCCGGAUGGUAGGCAAUUUCUUUUUCACCCGUUAUCUUGAUUCUCUGCGAAAGUAGCUCGAAGGCUUACUGUUGUGAAAUUUAACCUCCAUCAGUUCAGUUUAUGGUUUUUAAAGACUAGUUCGUUUCAAAACGGUUAGAUUUGCGAUGCUCUGUAUUUUUGAAGUUGGACUGUUUUCCUCGUUUGUGUUUACAUAAAUUGUACAAAAAUUUGUCUUAUUGUUACGGGAUUGUCCGUGUGAAUCGUACCAACCCAUUGCUUUUGGAUUAAUAAAACAUGUGAAUAGCUCA